CCCAUUGUCACCAAAACCCAAAAAUUCUCCAAUUGUCUCUGGCUCCUCCGCUGCGCCGAUUACCGAACCAAGUGAACGGCGUUGCUAGGUUUUGCUAAAAUGGCAACCACCGAACCCCAGCACGAUAACCGAGAAGAGGAAGAGACCGGAGCCAACGAGGAUGAGGACACCGGAGCUCAGGUCGCUCCUAUCGUCAAGCUCGAGGAGGUCGCCGUCACUACCGGAGAAGAAGGCGAAGACACCACACUCGAUCUGAAAUCGAAGCUGUAUCGGUUUGAUAAAGAUGGGAAUCAGUGGAAGGAGAGAGGUGCGGGUACUGUUAAGUUUUUGAAGCACAAGGAGACUGGCAAAAUUCGUCUCGUUAUGAGGCAAUCCAAAACUUUGAAGAUCUGCGCCAAUCAUUUCAUUUUGCCGGGCAUGACCGUUCAGGAACACGUGGGAAAUGAAAAGUCCUGCGUAUGGCAUGCCUCUGACUUUUCUGAUGGUGAAUUGAAGGAUGAGCUCUUCUGCAUCCGUUUCGCAUCAGUUGAAAAUAACAAAACAUUUAUGCAAAAGUUCAAGGAAGUUGCCGAAUCCGAAGAAAAGGAAGAGGAGAGCAAAGAUGCAUCGGAAGCAGCUGGUCUUAUUGAGAAGUUGACAGUUGAGGAGAAGAAAACCGAAGAGAAACCUGUGGAGGCGGCGGCGCCAUCAACAAAGAAGGAAGAGGAGAAGACGAGCGAGCCUGCAAAAGAAGCAGGUGAGGAAAAGACAUCUUAAGAUGUUCUAAUUUUUUUUUUGUUUUUCUGUACCGGCUUUCGUCUGGACAUAUACAUGCUGAUUGCUGGUGGUGGGAAUUAUAUGUCGGGUUUUGAUUUGAGUCGAUAUGUCCACAAUUCCAAAAGUGUUAAGCUGCUGUUUGCAAAAUGAGAAUUUGGGUAAUGCGGUUGGUUGGAGAGGGCAUGCUUCAGUUUGUUUUCUCUGCUAGACAGUGUAAGUUUUAUUUGUGAUUU